AUGAACAUCUCAGUGGAGAAGAACGUUUUUACGAAUGCAGCCACAGUGAAUACUCAUGGCGCGCCACGCUGCUUUUUUGAGGGAACUGUGCCCGGCUUAUCGACCGCAAAAUGCGUGUGUCGCCAGGGUUGGAACGGUGAUGAGUGCUCCAUUCCUGACGCCGUGUGGACCACGAGGGAGUUCCAAAUCUGGUAUUCCAGUGGUCUUAUUACACGGCGCUCGCGACCACGUACCAUAGUCAAUGGUUUUGUAUUCAACCAUGAACUGGACCUCCUUGAAAUCCGCAUCAACGAGCUGGGCGACGCCAUUGAUCACUACGUCGUGUGCGAGUCCAACUACACUUUCUUCGGAACUGUCAAACCACUUCACUUGCGGUCGAAACUGAGCACGGGGUUCCUCCGCGAAAACGCCCACAAGAUCAUCCUUCUCACCGUUGGGGUGUACAACUACGGCGAUGGGGACCCAUGGGCGCCUGAAAACCACUUUCGCAGGUCCAUAUGGCUUGAGGGCCAGAGCAUCCUGAAACACCUCCGCGAUGAUGACCUCUUCAUGAUAGCAGACGCCGACGAAAUACCCAGCCGCGACGUCUUGCUGUUCCUCAAGCACCACGACGGGUAUGGGGAGCCAGUAGGCGUGAGUCUGCGCUGGUUUCUGUACGGGUUCUUUUGGGAGAACUCCAGACCGGUCGAAGUUGGCGGUGCCUGCACGGUGGCCUUCUUGCGCAACGUGUACCAGAACGACACCCUUAAACUUCGAAGAACUGACUCGUUCGUGCAUAAGAGCCUUCCCCACACGGGAGCAACCCAGCGCAAAUGGAUCAUUAAGGGGACCUGGCCUCGUUACGCCGGCUGGCACUGUUCGUGGUGCUUCGACGUUCAUGGAAUCCAGGUGAAGCUGACUGCCGCCCAGAGGGACGACGGAAUACGGUGGGGCGACAUCGCUCAGAAAAGAGACCCCACAUACAUAAGUAGUCUCCGAAAAAGUGGCCGAUAUUUCGACGACAGUGAAUCUCUAGAAAAGUGUGAUGCUCACCAGGCAGCUCCCGCCUACGUCAGAGAAAACGCGGGCCGUUUCUCAUACUUGAUGGCUGCCUAG